CGUCUCACUCGAAGCGAAGACUAGCUCGCCCGAACCAAGUCAUUCCAUGGCUCUUGCGCGCAUGGUGUCUUCUUGAAUGCCAGGAAGUCAGAUGCAGAUAUCAUGUCGAGCUUAUCGCAGGCAGGCCUGAUGGUUGCACAGAGCCUGCUGGGAAGAGACAUGCUUAUGCUGUCCGUGCGCUCGUGCGGUAUGUGUCCCUCUUCAACCACGUUCAAAGUACUUGAUGUGAUAAAUUCCACGAAGCCCAUAGUUAUGCUGGCAAAAGUAUGGUCAUACAAGAAAAUAGCAGUUUCAAAUCGCAAAAAUGUCAGCUUCGAACGAGGAUCCAUUUCGUGAUCCAACCCCAACCGACUCGGCGCAGUCAAGUACAACAGAAUUCGCAACAAGACCAGGCAGUCUUCGCAGUGUCGAAAGUGGUCAGGACCAGGAGAAGAACAUCAAUGGACAAUCAGAAACUCGGCCUGAAUCUGAGACUGGCACAAGCAUUGAACGGGCAGAGUCUCUACUUCAAGAGGUAACCUCCAGAACCAUCGGCGUCGCCGUCCCAUAUCCUUCACAUCCGUCUGAUGCAACGCGAAACGCGGGCCAUAAACACGGGCCCUCGCUUGCCUCGUAUUCCUAUCCUUUGACGUCAAACCACAAGGCCUCAGACCCCUCAGUCAGCCGGGAACCAGAUUCGUCUAAACCCUCUAGUGUCACUAGGGGGCUUGUUCAUAAACUCAAGGUUUUCAAAUUUUGGGGGAGGCAAGAGGGCCCGGAACGAGCCCAAGAUAACGCCAACGUCAAACGUUCCUCCUCGGCCGAGGGGAUUCUCGAGGCACGCGAGAAGGAAAACAACCAAGACUAUUCUCGCAGUGGGGAAUCCGAUAAGUCGCCAGCAAAAGAUGUCGACUUUGGCAUUAUUUGCCACCCACUACAAAAGACCCGAAGUUCAGUGGACCCGCAGCUUCCAGAGGCGAACCCCGUUAUUCGGGUUGAAGAAAAGCAUUCCGUCCGACCCGGCGUGUACUUUCGAUCUCGCCGAGUUAAGGCCAAGGACAGAGAUGUCUCGUGGCUUCGGAAAAAGAAGGACCCUCGACAGAAAUGGCUGAGUAUCGUCCCUGUCGGCGGUCUCUUCCUCGGAUUGUGUGUCGCAGCUAUCAACGUAUGGGUCGGCUACAGAAAUGUUCCCGUACACAAGUAUUGCCUCAUCUACGAGGACGAUUUCAGUUCGCAGCAUCUUAACAAGUCCAUCUGGCUACAGGAGGUCCAGGUCGGGGGCUUCGGCAACGGUCAAUUCGACGAGACGACCGGUGACGAGGAAAACGUCUACAUCCAAGACCACAUGCUCCACAUCACACCUACCCUCCAAGACGAGUAUCUCAUGACCCAUAAUGUCAGUCUAAAUCUGUUUGACCGAGGGACUUGCACCACAACGGGCUGGGAUAACUGUGUGUCCGUGACAAACACCACAAACGGCACUGUAAUCAACCCCGUCAAAUCCGGACGUAUCAACACGAGCCCGGGGGCCAACAUACGAUUUGGCCGAAUCGAGGUGGUGGCCAAGUUGCCUGAAGGGGACUGGCUCUGGCCGGGCAUUUGGCUUUUCCCGACUAAUUCGGAUUACGGUGUCUGGCCUGCCAGUGGUGAGAUCGAUAUGGCGGAAAGUAGGGGGAACAACUGGACGUAUCCUCUCAGCGGCAACAAUGUCAUCUCCUCCACCCUCCACUGGGGUCCAAACAUGGCGAAUGAUGGCUGGUGGCGAACGUACAAAAAGGAACGGGCGCUCCAUUCGACUUUUUCCGAAGAGUUCCACACGUUUGGCCUGGAAUGGACUGACGAGUACAUGUACACCUACCUGGACAGCCGGUUGCUGCAGGUUCUCUAUCAACGGUUCUCCAGGUCCUUUUGGGACUUUGGAGGGUUUUCGACUCUGAGCCUGGGCACGCCGGGCAACAUUUGGGCAAACGGCACAAAGGCCGCCCCCUUCGACCGGGACUUCUUCCUUAUCCUCGACGUGGCCGUCGGUGGGACGAACGGUUGGUUCCGCGACGGAUUGGCCGACAAGCCCUGGGAGAACUCGAGUCCGUUUGCACGGAAGCAGUUUUGGGACUCGAGAGACCAAUGGUAUCCUACUUGGCAGAACAAAAACGGCCCGUCCAUGCAAGUCAAGAGCGUCAAGAUCUGGCAGCAGCAGGGCUACAACGGCUGCGGUGCCGAUGCGACGAUCAUAGGCUAGCCUUUGGUAUGAUUCAGAUUUGAGAACCUACUGUUCAAGGUAGACGGUGCCAAUCUGCGAUACCGCCCGGGAAUUACUCAGGACGGGACAUAAUGAUAAUGACGACGGUAACAGUCGAGAAAGAUGUCACCAUACAUCCCAGGCCAAGUUCGUGCACACCGAGACUUUCUAUGGGUCUUUAUGGAGUAGGGAGCACAAUAUACUUUUCUAUCCCGAUACAAUAUACAUUUAUAUGUUAUACUUUUGUGGCUAGUGGUCCUUCCUGGAACUUUGACGCCACCGUCGAGCGGAACAUCGUCAGUGGUGCCGGUACAUGUCACACCUUGCCUGACUGGAAAUCACUGGUCUUGAGCGACAACCAUAGGAUAGCCUGCCCGGGAUUACUCAGGACGGGGUGUGUUUCAACGCGUGGGGGGUUUUGGUUGGAUCAGUAUGCUGACUUACUUUGCUGGCUUCUUCAACAGCAGCAACCACCACCACCCAUGGCAGGUGCUUGCCGGCUUCCCUCAGCUUCCUUCUCGAUGACAGAUGCGCCUCCUUCGACCUGCGAGCUCUCCACGAGUCUCUUCUUGAUGUCGCUGACCAAGGAGAAGAAAGCCCUGUCGAUGUUGAUGUUGGAUCUGGCGGAUACUUCCAGGAAGGGAAUACCCAGCUCGUCGGCCAGGGCUUGUGCUUGCUCGGUAGAGACGACCCGUUUCUCCUGCUGCAUGUCGCACUUGUUUCCAAUCAGAAUUUUAUUGACCCCCUUGGGUGCGUGUUCCUCGACAUUUGAGUACCACGCUCGGAUAUCUGCAGGGCAAUGCAUGGUUUGUUAGAAAUAGAUAAAUCACAAGAAGUCGAGAUAGAUCUGGGGCACAGAAACGAACUAUUGAAUGAUUGCUCGUCAGUGACGUCGUAGACGAGCAGGAUGCCCAUGGCACCGCGGUAGUAAGCCAGAGUCAUUGAGCGGAAGCGUUCUUGACCGGCCGUAUCCCAUAGAUGUAAUUGAACGCGUUCACCGUCUAGAAGAAUCGUCCUCAUCUUGAAAUCUAGGCCGAUGGUGGCGAGGAAGGAAGGAGUAAAACGAUCGUCAACGAACCGGAGCAGACAACAGGAUUUGCCGACGCCGGAAUCGCCCACGAGGAGGAGUUUGAUCUAUUGGUGCCAGUUAGGGAUAUGAAAACGGGGUCUGGGGGAGUUGAAGAGCUUUUUAACGUGCUGGAGAAGUAUAAUGUCUUUUGCUUGUCAUGGUGGAUGGUUAUGAUGAUUUUGGCCGAGGCGAGUGGAAAUGUAUGUACAUCACGCAGGACGUGGGAAGUGAGACCGGAGAGGAGGUGCUCUACUCUCGCCACUACCGAGGAUGCAAUUUAUCGCCAACUCGAAGGUAAAGGCUUCAUCUGGCCCGAUCAGCCUGGACUUGGACUUGUACACAGUAGAUAUUGAGACAAAGACCAAUAAGGAGGGCCUUAUACGUCUGAUGGGUCUCGAGAGCUUGCCGCCCUUAGAGGCACGACGGUUACUCCUUGCAUUCCGAAAGGAUUUUGACAUGAUGAUGGAGAUGAUGAGAAUAAAUCUCGCAACAGAUCAAAGGUUACAGA